AUGCAAACAUCAUAUCAGAUAGAUAUUUUACGUGGACGAUGUCAAGAAAUUCCAGAAGUACGAUCAAAAGUCGUACGUGUCUUUAUUAGUUCAACAUUUUCAGGUAGGGCAUAUUAUACACUUAGCGAACGAGAUUCAUUAAUCGAUAAUGUCUUUCCAAAAUUAAAAGAUUAUUGUCGUGAAAAAUAUGGUCUUGAAUUUCAAUAUUCGGAUAUGCGAUGGGGCAUUGAAAAUGAAUCAGCCGAUAAUCAUAGUGAAGUUGCAACUUGUCUUAAUGAAAUAAAAUUAUGUCAAAAAUAUUCAGUGGCGACCAAUUUUGUGGUUCUAUUAAGUCAUCGUUAUGGUUCACGACCAACACCAGCUACUAUUCAUGCAUCACUUUUUGAACGACUACAAGAAAUUGUUGUUUCUGAUUUGAAUUUAAUUGAGGAUGCCAAACUACUUUCUCAAUGGUAUCAACUAGAUACGAAUUGUAUACCGGCUGCUUAUAUUCUUCGCUCAAUUUCGUCAAUGUUACCAAAUAUAAAAUCAACAGAAUUAGAUGAAAGGAAAAAUGCUGCAAAAGAAUGGACAAAAAUAAAUAAUCGUAUUCGAACGUGUUUGCGACAAGCAGCAGCCAAAUGUUUCGAACAAGGUCAAAUUAAUGCAAAUGACUAUGAUGAUUUUUUUAUAUCAGUUACUGAAAAGGAAAUAGUCAAUGGAAUUCUAUCAGUACCCAAUGCUAAUCAACGUACCUUAUGUUUUCUACGUGAAAUCGAUGGUAUUUAUGAUCAUUUAUCCGAUAGUAAAGCAUCGAGAUUUAUCGACUUAUAUUAUUCUGAUGAUGGAAAACCUAUUAUUGAUAAUGAAGCUGAACAGUUACUCAAUCGUUUGAAAUGUACACGUAUUCCAAAUGCAUUACAAUCCAAUAAUAUAUAUUCAUAUAAAGUACAUUGGACAGAGAAUGGCAUCAAUCGACAUGAUCAUAUUGAAUACAUAUCAAAAUUUAAUGAUGAUUUCUACGAUGCAAUAAAACAACAAAUUGAUAAUUGUGUUAAAUCACGUAUUAUGAUAGUUUCUGAUCCAUUACAACAUGAAAUAUUGGAACAUGCUAUACAAUGUAAAACAUAUGUAGCUAAAUUUCAUGGUCGAAUUGAUGUUCUAGGCAAAUUAGAAAACUAUAUCAAAAAUGAAAAGGAAAAUCGACCAUGUAUUGUAUAUGGAGCAUCUGGUUGUGGUAAAACAAGUGUUCUUGCUAAGGCUGCAACUGAAGCAUUGAAUUGGUGGUCUGAUCGAUCUGUAUCGGUAAUUUUACGUUUUCUUGGGUAUGUUCAAAACCUUUUUUUUAUGAUUGUAUUAAUGUUUGUUUUUAUUUUUAAAUUUAAUAGUACAACACCUACUUCAUCUACAGUCUACAAAACUAUGCUUUCUAUAUCUCAACAUAUAUGUAAACUAUACAAUCUAUCAAUGGAAAUCUAUCCUGAUGUAUUACAAUUACGUUAUCAAUUAGAAACUAAUCUAUUAAUGUGUAUACCUGCUAGUGAAUAUCUUGUUAUAGUACUCGAUUCAAUCGAUCAACUUGAACCGGAUGCAUACGAUUGUCAAUGGUUAAUUGGAACAUUUCCACAUAAUGUCAAAUGUAUUGUAUCAGCUAUACCUGAUCAUGGUAAUAUUUUAAUGCAUUUAAAAGGAAUUAUUAAGCAUAAUCAAUUAUUAUCAAAUGAUACAGAACAUUUACUUAUUAUUGUACCAUCAUUUGAAGCAUCAACAGUCGACAUUGUCUAUAAUGAUUGGCUUGUAAUGAAAAAACGUUCAUUAAGUGAUGAACAACGUUCAUUUAUUCGUGAUUUAAUGAAAGAACGUAGUGAAAUUCUCCCAUUAUAUAUGAAACUUGUUUUUGAUAUUAUUUUAACAUGGCAUUCGUAUGAUUCAAUUAAUAUUGAAUUAAAAAAAUUAAGAAAUGUCGAUGAUUGUAUUCGUUAUUUAUUUCAUCAUUUGGAAAAAGUUCAUAAUUGUCUUUUAUUCACUCGUGCUAUGAUUUAUAUGACAGCAUGUCGUAAUGGUAUCAGUCAAAAUGAACUUGAAGAUGUACUUUCACUUGAUGAUGAGGUUCUUGAAAGUAUUUUUCAACAUUAUAUACCACCUGUUCGACGUUUACCUGGCAUUUUAUGGACAAGAAUUCGAAAUGAUUUAGAUGAAUAUAUUACAGAGAAAGAAGCUGAUGAUUCGUCAGUCAUCUAUUGGUAUGAUUAA